CAAACAGCAGUACGUCGCUCUGCGGUCGCGUUGCGGCUGAUCCUGUCCUAAGGAGUCUGCGAGGAUGGUGGAAAUCAGAAGAGUGGGCAGUCGAACAAACUGAAGUCCAUGCCUGCAGGAAAUUACAGAUUUUGGAAUAUCUUUUUCAUUGUUUGAACGCCCAGCGACUCGAUGUAUACCCUCGCUGGGAUUUUUUUGGCCAACUGCGCGUUGAUGUAUUUACAGUAAAGUGGGAGCCGCGGCUGUGCGUCACCCGUCAAGAUGGACACCGCCGAGGAAGCUGAUAUAUGCAGAGUCUGCCGCUCUGAAGGCACGCCUGACAAGCCUCUCUAUCAUCCUUGUGUGUGUACUGGCAGUAUUAAAUUUAUUCAUCAGGAAUGUUUGGUUCAAUGGCUGAAACAUAGCCGGAAGGAAUAUUGUGAAUUAUGCAAGCACAGAUUUGCUUUCACACCAAUUUACUCUCCAGAUAUGCCUUCACGGCUGCCUAUCCAGGACAUUUUUGCUGGACUGGUAACAAGUAUUGGAACAGCAAUACGAUACUGGUUUCAUUAUACACUUGUGGCCUUUGCUUGGUUGGGUGUUGUACCACUCACAGCAUGUCGAAUCUACAAGUGUCUUUUUACUGGCUCUGUGAGCUCAUUACUGACGCUGCCAUUAGAUAUGUUGUCAACGGAGAAUUUGUUGGCUGACUGCUUACAAGGCUGUUUCGUGGUGACCUGUACCCUUUGUGCAUUUAUAAGUCUAGUUUGGUUACGUGAGCAAAUAGUUCAUGGAGGUGCCCCCCAGUGGUUGGAGCAGAAUCAACAACAACAACAACAACAACAACAACAGCAGCAGCAGCAGCCUCCUAAUGGUGCAGGACAGGCCAAUGAGGCCCCAGGUGCUGGGAAUGGAGCUGCUGAAAACAUUGCAGUACCACUUGCUGCCAAUCCUCCUGUAGACAAUGCUGUGGUGGCAGAGAUCCCAGACAUCCAGGUAGAUCCAGCUGAUGACAUUGGUGAUGAAAAUGAUGAUGAUGAUGAUGCGGCUGCUGAAGAUGCUGUGGACGCAAAUAAUGGUGCUCAGGAUGACAUGAACUGGAAUGCACUAGAAUGGGAUCGGGCUGCAGAAGAGCUUACCUGGGAACGUAUGCUUGGACUGGAUGGUUCCUUAGUUUUUCUGGAGCAUGUUUUCUGGGUGGUGUCACUAAAUACUCUCUUCAUUCUUGUGUUUGCAUUUUGUCCUUAUCAUAUUGGACAUUUUUCUGUGGUUGGACUCGGCUUUGAGGAGUAUGUUCAAGCAUCUCACUUUGAAGGCCUCAUAACAACAAUUGUGGGCUAUGUCCUCUUGGCUGUAACAUUAAUUGUGUGUCAUGGUCUAGCUGCACUUGUUAAAUUUCAGAGAUCCCGACGAUUAUUAGGAGUGUGCUACAUUGUUGUCAAGGUUUCAUUGCUGGUGGUGGUAGAAAUAGGUGUAUUCCCUCUCAUUUGUGGUUGGUGGCUUGAUAUUUGCUCCUUGGAAAUGUUUGAUGCUUCAUUAAAAGACAGAGAGCUGAGCUUUCAGUCUGCACCAGGAACAACAAUGUUUUUGCACUGGCUAGUUGGGAUGGUCUAUGUGUUCUACUUUGCUUCUUUCAUUCUUUUACUAAGAGAAGUCCUGAGACCAGGAGUGCUGUGGUUUCUACGAAACUUAAAUGAUCCUGAUUUUAAUCCUGUCCAAGAAAUGAUUCAUCUUCCUAUAUAUAGGCAUCUUAGAAGAUUUAUUUUAUCAGUGGUGGUUUUCGGGUCUAUUGUGCUUUUAAUGCUUUGGCUUCCAAUUCGCAUAAUAAAGCAAAUAUUACCAGAUUUUUUACCUUACAAUGUGAUGCUUUACAGUGAUGCUCCUGUCAGUGAGCUUUCCUUGGAGCUGCUGCUGCUUCAGGUAGUUCUUCCAGCUCUUCUGGAGCAGGGGCACACCAGACAGUGGCUAAAAGGCCUGGUUCGAGCAUGGACUGUCAGUGCUGGGUACUUACUAGAUCUUCACUCCUAUUUGUUAGGAGAUCAGGAAGAAAAUGAAAAUAAUGCUAAUCAGCAAGCUGCCAACAACAAUCAGCAGGCACGUAACAACAAUGCCAUUCCUGUUGUGGGGGAAGGUCUCCAUGCAGCUCAUCAGGCUAUCCUGCAACAAGGAGGACCAGUGGGCUUUCAGCCAUAUCGCAGGCCAGUGCGAUUCCCAUUCAGGAUUGUGCUGCUAAUACUAUUUAUGUGUAUAACUUUGCUUGUUGCCAGUCUCGUCUGCCUUACAUUGCCAGUUUUUACUGGACGUUGGUUGAUGUCAUUUUGGACAGGAAUUGCCAAAAUUCAUGAGCUGUAUACUGCUGCUUGUGGACUAUACGUGUGCUGGCUCUCAAUCCGAGCCAUUACAGUCCUACUUGCCUGGAUGCCUCAAGGACGGCAGGUUAUUUUAUUAAAAGUCCAGGAAUGGUCACUCAUGAUUAUGAAGACCUUGAUUGUGGCUGUGCUUUUGGCUGGUUUAGUCCCAUUGUUACUGGGCCUGUUGUUUGAACUUGUUAUUGUUGCUCCUUUACGGGUUCCACUUGAUCAGACUCCACUUUUUUACCCUUGGCAGGACUGGGCUCUUGGAGUACUUCAUGCUAAAAUAAUUGCUGCCAUAACAUUGAUGGGACCACAGUGGUGGCUGAAGACAGUCAUUGAGCAGGUUUAUGCAAAUGGUAUCAGGAAUAUUGACCUGCAUUUUAUAAUCCAGAAACUGGCUGCUCCCGUCAUUUCAGUCUUACUUUUGUCACUUUGUGUACCCUAUGUUAUAGCAGCUGGCAUUGUGCCAUUAAUGGGAGUUACUGUUGAGAUGCAAAACCUAGUACAGCGACGCAUUUAUCCUUUUCUUCUAAUGGUGGUGAUGCUGAUGGGAAUACUGUCCUUUCAGAUCCGCCAGUUCAAGCGCCUUUAUGAACAUAUUAAAAAUGAUAAGUAUCUUGUUGGCCAGAGACUUGUGAACUAUGAGAGGAAGGCGGGCAAAGUUAGUUCUGCGCCACCAAGUAGCUCUCCUCAAGAAUAACUCUCUCCUUCCCACUAUGCUUGCUAUAGUGGGGAGGAUAAAAUAACUUUCUCUUGCAUCUUGUUUCUUUUUUAUUCCUUCACAUUUUAGUUUUCAGGCAUUAUUCAUUUUCUUUUCCCACGUAUUACCCUGCUUGUCAAAACUGCCUGAAAUCUGUACAUGUGUAAAUAGAAAAAAAAUGUUCACCUUAAAUUCGAUCCUGGAUGAAAAAAGAAAUAGAAUUUGCAUUGUACAUCUUAAAGAAUAUGUAUAUUAAUUUAUUAAAUUUAGUUGUCACUUUA